GAUGUGUAAUAGUAUGUGCAUCUCACUUGCUCAAACAAAUGUUGUAUGAUAAGCAUUUCGAGUCAAGCCACAACACAAUAACUUUUAUAAUUUCAAUUCUUACACAAUGUACAGCUAUUCAUUGUGGUAUUCUUAUUUAUUUUUUAUACAUUAAAUAAAUACAAAAGCAAUAAUUCAGUUUGUUUUCCGAACGACUGCGAACACGUGCAACUUUCUUGAGUAAAAUCUUUUUGUAAGAAAUCCCUUGGUUUAUUCGUGAAAAUGUCAACAACCAACAGUUAUCGUGUGAAGAAAAUACCGCGUUACCGGCAGAUGCCAAAAACAAAAAUACCGGCCGCGCAAGCAAAGUCAAAGCCAUUUGUUUGCAGUCCAGUCUUGCACUUUUUUUGUGAUUUCUUCAAACUCGCGAGUUUGAUCACAGGGUUCCUCGGUGUAUACAUCAUUUAUUCCAACAAACAGUUUUGGAAGAACAGACGCUACACUAUGUACAGUAUUAUCGCUAUAACUACCCAUUGCUUAGUUUUCCUCAUUGCGGCGGUAUCAUUUAUACAAAUCAAGAGGAUUGAAUUUCGGCAAUUUUAUUUACUCAAAAUGGCUUUCAAAAAAAGACAAUCAAAUAAAGGAGCAACAAAUCAGAAGGCUGCGAAUAAAAAACCAAAUAAAAUAAAAAUAAAAUAUCGUUUAAAAAAAUAGUAUUAGUUUAUUUUUAUUAUUUUAUAUUAGUUAAAUUUUUCUUUUGUUGAAUAAAUGUAUUUAAAU